GUAUACCAGGUGAGGGUUUUUUAAUCAAUUGUUCUUGUUGUUUUAAACUGCGCCCUUCGUUAGAGUUGGGAUUCGGAUAACGAUUUCCGACCUAAACGAUUGUAUAAAAGUCGUGAGAAAAGAUCAGAAUUUAGUCAUUUAACAAUUCUAGAUUUAUAAAAUUCUGCCGCCUACUAUGAACGGCAGACCAGGUACCACAUAUUCCUCGAAGAAGGAGGCUCAUGGUAUUUUGCAAUAUCUCUGCAAUGAGUUCGACUCCAUAUCGCUGCCGUGCGGAGUAGCAAGCCGAGCCGAUCAUGUUCAAUUCGUCGCCGAACGUGACCAACCAUAUUUCCCUAUUCCAUUCAAGGAGACUGAAACAACAGCAGCGCUAAAGGCUAUCGAGGCAUCGGUUGCAUCUCUCCUCGCGGAUACACGGCAGGGAGAGGCACCUUCGCCUUCGCAGAGGGAAAUUGUGAUUAGUCUUGAAAAGACAACAGCCUUUCUGUUUCAAGCAUACCUGGCUCGAGUAGGUGGAUAUGGAAAGCUUGAUAAACAAGUUAAAAGCCUGUUGAAGGAUACAGAUUUGCUUCAAGCGCAAUCCAAUCCUUAUCGUCGCAUGUCUGCAAACUUAUAUGCCACAAAAACGCCUAAUGAGUACUACCACAUCCAUGGCUCAUUAGAAGCAUCAACAACGCUGAAUAUGAUUGGACUGGAGCCAUAUCGACCCGACCUGACAUCACAUGAACAGAUUGUAGAAACUAUUGAAUCUGCUGUGAAGAAAUUUACAGUAGAAGAGUUGGAGAAACUGAAUGCGCAGCAUAGGCAAGCAGGCGUUAAAGCCUUCCCGCAUACCGAGUUUCUGAACACCCCCCAUGGAAGAGCAAACAUUGGACUUUCGCCUUGGUCAGUUGAGAAUAUAGAAGAUAAAACGCCACUGGUUCCUCUUCCAAGCCAUACUGGUAGUCGGCUACUCUCCGGUAUCAAGGUACUCGAGCUAUGUCGCAUCAUUGCUGGCCCUACAAUUACAAGGAUUCUGGGCGAAUAUGGUGCUGAAGUCAUCAAAGUGACAAGUCCAAAUCUUAGCGAUGUACCGUUCUUUCAAGUGGAUGGUAACAUGGGCAAACGGGCGACGGAUUUAGACCUCAAGACAGCCAAAGGGAGAGAAACGUUUGAGAAGCUCUUGGCCGAAGCUGAUGUCGUGGUUGAUGGUUAUCGCCCCGGGGCUAUUGCAAAACUAGGAUAUGGCCCCCAGCAGCUCGCUGAACUAGCCUCUAAGAGGGGUAAAGGAUUCGUCUACGUCAAUGAGAAUUGUUUUGGAUAUGAAGGCGAGUGGGCAAAUCGGGCUGGAUGGCAGCAAAUUGCAGACUGUGUGACGGGUGUUGCGUGGGAACAAGGCAAGUUUAUGGGCCUCAACGAACCUGUGGUACCGCCGUUCCCCAUCUCAGACUACGGCACCGGCUGCAUCGGUGCAAUCACAGCUCUUGUUGGGCUUUAUCAUCGGGCAACUCGUGGUGGCUCUUGGCAUGGUAAAGCCUGCCUCUUGCACUACGAUCUUCUACUAUUCAAGGUCGGCUUACUGCCUGAGCAUGUUCAGCAGAGUCUCCGGGACAUGAUGGGUCCCGAAGUUCUCGCCCUACGAUACCAUAACAGCGUGGAUCAGAUUUCGGGAACCGUGCUGCGUCGCAUGCGAGAAGUAUAUCCUGAAUUUGUGGACAAUCCAAAAUACGUGGAUAAGUGGUAUUCUGAUAAGUAUAAAGGGGAAGUAUGCGCAGUAAAGCCAGUGGCGGAGAUUGAAGGCUUGGAAGUAGGAUUUCGGAGGGCAAGUCGACCGAAUGGUUCGGAUGAGGCAAAGUGGGAAUUGGAUGAGGAAAAGGAUUAUCGGCUGGACUAAACACUGACUGAGGCUGGGU